AUGACAGUACUGCCAGGUACCGUCUGGUACUGCCCGGUACCUCUCUGUGCUGCCCCGGGUACCGUCCGGUACUGCCCGGUACCCUCCGGUGCUGCACGGUACCGUCCAGUGCUGCCCGGUACUGUCCGGUACCGUCCGGUGCUGCCCGUACCGUCCGGUUGCUGCCCGUACCGUGCGGUACUGCCUAGUACCGCUCAGCACUGCCUGGUGCUAAAAAAUCUACUGCCCGGUACUGUCCAGUAUCGUCCAGGUACUACCUGGUACUGUCCGUACUACCUGGUACCGUCCGGUACUACCUGGUACCGUCCGGUACUACCUGGUACCGUCUGUACUACCUGGUACUGUCUGGUACUGCCCCGUAUCAUCCGGUACUACCCACUACCGUCCGGUACUGCUCGGUUCCGUGAGGUACUGCGGUACCGUCCAGUACUGCACGGUACCCUCCGUACCAUCCGGUACUACCCGGUACCGCCUGGCAAUGCCCGGUACUGCCUGGCACUGCCCGGUACCGCCUGGCACUACCUGGUACCGCCCGGUAACGUCCGGUACUGCCUGGUACUGUCGUAG